AUGUACAAAGUCAAAUACCUUCCACAUAGUAGAUGCACAGCAAGACAUUCCCCUGCCACCAGCCCCAAUAAGGCAAUUACCAGACAAGCUAUUGCUUCCACCCUGAGGAAUGUAACAGCCAAACUCCUAUUCUCAGAAACCAGGUCCCAUGUCCUCUCUUAUGAAGCCUUCCCUAGAUUACCUCCCCUGUCAAGGUUAGUCAUCUUCUAUCCACCUCUGUACCUGGUACAUACUGCUGUUGUUACCACAUUGGGUCAUAAUUUAUUGAUUCUCCUCUGUGUCUCUCCCACUAAUGAGCAGCACCUCUGUAUCCUCAGUGGCCAACAUAUAACAGAUGCUCAGAAAUGUUUAUUGACCUGA